AUGUCUGGACCACUACUGCCCGAGAAAUUCGACGACCUCCCAGACAAGCGUCGACAUUGGCCUGGGAAACCUGGAUCAGAAGAUGAAGGCCUGGGCAUGCUGCGUCUUCUGACGCCCGAUGUAGUGGCGAACGCCGCAAAGACCCAGAUCCAGACCGGCGACCGCGUGUGUCUCAACUGGAAUAUCGAGAACCUGACACCACCGGUGGGACGGGCUCCGACACCACAACGCCCCAGCCCCAUCCCCGAAGAUCCCAACCGCCGCCUGUUCUACGGCGGCACUACCGCAAGCGAAAUCAUCGACUCUGACUCCCCGCGCAUCGGUAUCGGUCACUGGGCCAAGAAAGGCAUCGCAGGCCGCGGCGUCCUAAUCGACUACGUCCGCUACGCCGCCAAGAAAGGUAAACCCAUCAACGCGCUCACCCGCUAUGAAAUUUCCCUCGACGAGGUCAUCAAGAUCGCGCGCGAGUCAAACAUCACCUUCCAACAGGGCGAUAUCUUCUUCCUCCGCGUCGGGCUCCCGGCGACAUGGGCUGCUAUGUCGGCCGAGCAGCGCAAAGCGUAUAGUCAGCAGAGCACGCCGCAGCAUGCAGGCAUUGAGCAGAGCGAGCGGGUGCUGAGGUUCCUGUGGGAUAAUCACUUCGCGGCGGUGGCGUCGGAUGCGGUGAGUUUUGAGGUGUUUCCGGCGAAGAAUCCGGAGUUUGAUUUGCACCAUUAUCUGCUGGCGGGAUGGGGCGUGCCGAUUGGGGAGAUGUUCGAUUUGGAUGAGCUGGCGAAGAUGUGCGAGAGGCUGGGGAGGUGGAGUUUCUUCAUUUCGAGUAGUCCGUUGAAUUGCGCGCGGGGGGGUUUCGAGUCCGCCGAAUUGUAUGGCGAUUUUCUAAAGACGGUCUAUGUAGGGCGAGGGAAAUGGAAUACGUGA